ACUAUAUUGGUGGGUCAAAGAACAUUUUUGUCAUUGAGUCGGCACAACCUAUAUAUAAAGGGACUCCUCCCAAUCGAAUCCUUCAUUCACUUUUCAUAGUUUCGCUACACGAUAAAAUUCUCAACACUUUUCUUCUUCGAAAAAUCUUCUACGAUUCAAGAUGCAAAUCUUUGUGAAAACAUUGACCGGAAAAACUAUCACCCUUGAGGUGGAGAGUUCUGAUACCAUAGACAACGUGAAAGCUAAGAUUCAAGAUAAGGAAGGGAUUCCACCUGAUCAGCAAAGGCUUAUCUUUGCAGGGAAACAAUUGGAAGAUGGUCGCACCCUUGCUGAUUACAACAUCCAGAAGGAAUCUACUCUUCACCUUGUGCUUCGAUUGAGAGGUGGAAUGCAGAUCUUUGUUAAGACUUUGACAGGGAAGACCAUCACCCUUGAGGUUGAAUCGUCGGAUACAAUUGAUAAUGUCAAGGCUAAGAUUCAGGAUAAGGAAGGUAUCCCUCCUGAUCAGCAGAGGCUUAUCUUUGCAGGGAAACAACUUGAGGAUGGAAGAACACUAGCUGAUUACAACAUACAGAAGGAAUCUACCCUUCAUUUGGUGCUUAGAUUGAGAGGUGGAAUGCAAAUAUUUGUCAAGACUUUGACAGGAAAAACUAUUACUUUGGAGGUUGAGAGUUCAGAUACUAUUGAUAAUGUGAAAACUAAGAUCCAGGAUAAGGAGGGUAUCCCACCAGAUCAACAAAGGCUUAUAUUUGCAGGGAAACAACUUGAAGAUGGAAGGACCCUUGCUGAUUAUAACAUCCAGAAGGAAUCUACUCUCCAUUUGGUUUUGAGACUUCGUGGGGGUAUGCAAAUAUUUGUUAAGACACUCACUGGAAAGACCAUAACUUUGGAGGUUGAAAGUUCGGAUACAAUUGAUAAUGUGAAGACCAAAAUUCAGGACAAAGAGGGAAUUCCUCCAGACCAACAGAGGCUAAUUUUUGCUGGUAAGCAAUUGGAGGAUGGUCGUACUUUGGCUGAUUAUAAUAUCCAGAAGGAAUCUACUCUACACUUGGUUUUGAGGCUUCGUGGUGGGAUGCAAAUAUUUGUGAAGACACUUACUGGGAAGACUAUUACCUUGGAGGUGGAAAGCUCUGACACUAUUGAUAAUGUGAAAACAAAAAUACAGGAUAAGGAGGGUAUUCCACCUGACCAGCAGAGGCUUAUUUUUGCAGGCAAGCAGUUGGAGGAUGGUCGUACCUUGGCAGAUUACAAUAUUCAGAAAGAAUCUACCCUGCACCUUGUUCUCCGUCUCCGUGGUGGAUUCUAAGUGUGUCCUAGUAUAUUUGUUUGCGUUUGUGUUGUCCCUGUAGUAUGUUUGUUUGCAUUUGUGUUGUCCUGUAGUAUGUUUGUUUGCGCUUCUGUGUCCCUUCUGUAUCUAUUGUGUUUAAAAUUGGCGUAUGUUCGAAACAAUUCCGAUGUAUCAAGUCUUUUAUUUUCUCAUCAGUUUGAUCAUCAUAUAUGAAAGUGCUUUUGCCAUUUUAAAAUAA